AUGACGAUGGCCAGGUCCAGCAGUAGUAGACCAGCUGCGGCCACCGUGCUGCUGCUGGCCGUCUCAGCGCUCUGCGCCGCCCUCUCGUCGGCCACCGUGACCGUGAACGAGCCCAUCGUCAACGGCCUCUCCUGGAGCUUCUACGACGCGUCCUGCCCCUCCGCGGAGGGCAUCGUGCGCUGGCACGUCGCCGAUGCACUCCGCAGCGACAUCGGCAUCGCCGCGGGACUCAUCCGCAUCUUCUUCCACGACUGCUUCCCGCAGGUACGUAGGAGGACAUCCAUGUUGCCGUCGUUGGUGUGGUGA